AUGGGUUCCUAUUUAUUCAUUUUAGCUGUUGUUGUUAACUGUAUCAACUUGUUUGGUCAAGUUCAUUUCACCAUUCUGUACGCUGAUCUGGAAGCUGAUUAUAUCAACCCAAUUGAACUAUGUUCUAAGGUCAACAAGUUGAUUGUUCCUGAAGCUGCUUUACAUGCUGUUGUUUCUCUUCUGAUGUUACUGAACGGUUACUGGUUUGUAUUUCUACUGAACUUGCCUGUCCUAGCUUACAAUGCCAAUAAGUUCUACAACAAGAUCCAAUUGUUAGAUGCCACCGAGAUUUUCAGAACUUUGGGUAAGCACAAGAGGGAGAGUUUCUUGAAGCUAGGUUUUUACUUGUUGAUGUUCUUCUUCUACCUAUACAGAAUGAUCAUGGCUUUGAUUGCAGACAGCGAAGAUUAA